GUUGAUCUGGCCUUUCCUAGCAGCCUUGCCUGACUAGGAACUGAGAAGCUGACUCAUGGGUGUAGGGGGCAGGCUGUGCUGGCUGAAGACAGUGCCUACCCUGACAAACCAGACCCAUUCAUCUUCUCCAGCAGCCAGCAGGCUGAGGGUGUCAGAAGCAGAGGACAGAACUCAAACCUGACAGGUGUUCACACUUAACCUCCUUCCCACCACCACCUUGCCUCAUCUCAGCACUGGGAUCUUAGGUGGCCACCUGUCCCUAGCUACGACUGAGUCGAAGCUGCACCUGUGAGGAGGCCUGACAGACAGGAUGGGUGACAUGGCGAACAGUUCCAUUGAGUUCCACCCCAAGCCCCAGCAGCAGCGGGAAGUGCCCCAUGUGGGUGGCUUUGGGUGCACACUAGCAGAGCUACGCAGCCUCAUGGAGCUCCGAGGUGCCGAAGCACUGCAGAAGAUCCAGGAAGCCUAUGGAGAUGUCAGCGGGCUGUGCAGGAGGCUGAAGACCUCGCCUACUGAGGGCCUGGCAGACAACACCAAUGACUUGGAGAAACGCAGGCAGAUCUAUGGGCAGAACUUCAUCCCCCCCAAGCAGCCCAAGACCUUCCUGCAGCUUGUGUGGGAAGCCCUGCAGGACGUGACUCUCAUCAUCCUGGAGGUGGCUGCCAUCGUCUCCCUGGGCCUCUCCUUCUAUGCACCACCUGGAGAGGAAAGUGAAGCCUGUGGGAAUGUGUCUGGUGGGGCAGAGGACGAAGGAGAGGCUGAGGCUGGCUGGAUCGAGGGGGCUGCCAUCCUACUCUCUGUCAUCUGUGUGGUGCUGGUCACGGCCUUCAAUGACUGGAGCAAGGAAAAGCAGUUCCGAGGUCUUCAGAGCCGUAUUGAACAGGAGCAGAAGUUUACUGUCAUCCGAAAUGGGCAGCUCCUCCAGGUCCCUGUGGCAGCACUGGUGGUGGGGGACAUUGCCCAGGUCAAAUACGGAGACCUUCUGCCUGCCGAUGGUGUGCUCAUCCAAGGCAAUGACCUCAAGAUCGACGAGAGCUCCCUGACUGGCGAGUCGGACCAUGUGCGCAAAUCAGCAGACAAAGAUCCUAUGCUACUCUCAGGCACUCAUGUCAUGGAAGGUUCUGGAAGAAUGGUGGUAACAGCUGUUGGUGUGAACUCCCAGACAGGCAUCAUCUUUACAUUGCUUGGAGCUGGUGGAGAGGAGGAGGAGAAGAAAGACAAGAAAGGCAAGCAGCAGGAUGGGGCGAUGGACAGUAGCCAAACCAGAGCUAAGAAGCAGGAUGGGGCUGUUGCCAUGGAAAUGCAGCCCCUGAAGAGUGCUGAGGGUGGGGAAAUGGAGGAGCGAGAAAAGAAGAAAACCAACGUACCCAAGAAGGAGAAGUCAGUUCUGCAAGGGAAGCUCACAAAACUGGCUGUGCAGAUUGGGAAAGCAGGGUUGGUGAUGUCUGCCAUCACUGUCAUCAUCCUGGUCCUCUACUUUGUGAUUGAGACCUUCGUCGUGGAUGGCCGGGUGUGGCUGGCAGAGUGCACACCUGUCUAUGUGCAGUAUUUUGUGAAGUUCUUCAUUAUCGGAGUCACUGUGUUGGUUGUGGCUGUCCCUGAGGGUCUGCCUCUUGCUGUCACUAUCUCCUUGGCUUACUCUGUCAAGAAAAUGAUGAAGGAUAACAAUCUGGUACGCCACCUGGAUGCCUGUGAGACCAUGGGCAAUGCCACGGCCAUCUGUUCUGACAAGACGGGCACACUCACCACCAACCGCAUGACCGUGGUCCAGUCCUACCUAGGAGACACUCACUACAAAGAGAUUCCAGCUCCCAGCGCCCUGACCCCCAAGAUCCUUGACCUUCUGGUCCAUGCCAUCUCCAUCAACAGUGCCUACACCACCAAAAUACUACCUCCAGAGAAGGAAGGCGCUCUCCCACGCCAAGUGGGCAACAAAACAGAGUGUGCUCUGUUGGGCUUUGUCCUGGACCUGAAACGAGACUUCCAACCUGUACGGGAGCAGAUUCCAGAAGAUAAGCUUUACAAAGUGUACACCUUCAAUUCAGUCCGCAAGUCCAUGAGCACAGUUAUCCGCAUGCCUGAUGGUAGCUUCCGCCUCUUCAGCAAGGGAGCCUCAGAGAUCCUGCUCAAAAAGUGUACCAACAUCUUAAACAGCAAUGGUGAACUCCGAGGAUUCCGUCCUCGGGACCGGGAUGACAUGGUGAAGAAGAUCAUAGAGCCUAUGGCUUGUGAUGGCCUCCGCACCAUCUGCAUUGCCUACAGGGACUUCCCUGUGAACCAGGAGCCCGACUGGGACAAUGAGAAUGACGUGGUGGGUGAUCUUACCUGCAUAGCUGUCGUGGGCAUCGAGGAUCCUGUACGACCUGAGGUCCCUGAAGCCAUUCGCAAAUGCCAGCGUGCUGGCAUCACAGUCCGUAUGGUGACUGGAGACAACAUCAACACUGCCCGGGCUAUUGCAGCUAAGUGUGGCAUCAUCCACCCAGGCGAAGACUUCCUGUGCCUGGAAGGAAAGGAAUUCAACAGAAGGAUUCGAAACGAGAAAGGCGAGAUAGAACAGGAGCGGCUGGACAAGGUGUGGCCCAAGCUGCGGGUGCUUGCCCGAUCAUCUCCCACUGACAAACACACUCUGGUCAAAGGCAUUAUUGACAGCACAACCGGUGAGCAGCGGCAGGUGGUGGCCGUGACUGGGGAUGGCACCAAUGAUGGGCCAGCUCUCAAAAAGGCAGAUGUGGGCUUCGCCAUGGGCAUUGCAGGCACUGAUGUGGCCAAGGAGGCCUCUGACAUCAUCCUGACCGAUGACAACUUCACCAGCAUUGUCAAAGCAGUCAUGUGGGGUCGCAAUGUCUACGACAGCAUCUCGAAGUUUCUGCAGUUUCAGUUGACAGUCAACGUGGUGGCUGUGAUCGUGGCCUUCACAGGUGCCUGCAUCACUCAGGACUCUCCUCUCAAAGCUGUGCAGAUGUUGUGGGUGAACUUGAUCAUGGACACAUUUGCCUCACUUGCCCUGGCAACGGAGCCCCCAACUGAGUCACUGCUGCUGCGGAAGCCAUAUGGCCGGGACAAACCCCUCAUCUCACGUACCAUGAUGAAGAACAUCCUUGGCCAUGCAGUCUACCAGCUCACCAUUAUCUUUACCUUGCUUUUUGUUGGAGAGCUCUUCUUUGACAUUGAUAGUGGAAGGAAUGCACCCCUGCAUUCGCCACCCUCAGAGCACUAUACCAUCAUUUUUAACACCUUCGUCAUGAUGCAGCUUUUUAAUGAGAUCAAUGCUCGCAAGAUUCAUGGUGAGAGGAAUGUCUUCGAUGGCAUCUUCAGCAACCCCAUCUUCUGCACCAUUGUCCUGGGCACCUUUGGAAUUCAGAUUGUCAUCGUCCAGUUUGGUGGGAAGCCCUUCAGCUGUUCCCCACUGUCCACAGAACAGUGGCUCUGGUGCCUAUUUGUUGGUGUUGGGGAGCUGGUCUGGGGACAGGUCAUUGCCACCAUCCCCACCAGCCAGCUCAAGUGCCUGAAGGAAGCAGGACAUGGGCCUGGGAAGGACGAGAUGACUGAUGAGGAGCUGGCUGAGGGAGAGGAGGAAAUCGACCAUGCUGAGCGAGAGCUCCGCAGAGGCCAGAUCCUCUGGUUCCGGGGCCUCAACCGGAUCCAGACACAGAUGGAGGUAGUGAGUACCUUCAAGAGAAGCGGGUCAUUUCAGGGUGCUGUGCGCCGGCGGUCUUCAGUCCUCAGCCAGCUCCAUGACGUAACCAAUCUUUCUACCCCUACUCACAUCCGGGUGGUGAAAGCAUUCCGUAGCUCACUUUAUGAAGGCCUUGAGAAACCGGAAUCCAAGAGCUGCAUCCAUAACUUCAUGGCAACGCCCGAGUUUCUGAUCAAUGACUACACCCACAACAUCCCGCUCAUCGAUGACACGGAUGUGGAUGAAAAUGAAGAGCGACUGAGGGCCCCACCUCCCUCACCCCCUAACCAGAACAACAACGCCAUAGACAGCGGCAUCUACCUGACCACGCAUGUCACCAAGUCAGCUACCUCUUCAGCAUUCUCUUCCAGGCCUGGGAGCCCACUCCACAGCAUGGAGACAUCCCUCUAACCAGAACUUCUGUCAUUACACAUAUAUACAUACAUGCACACAUGCACACAGUCACACACAUACCCACACACAGAGUCACACACACACACACACACACACACACACACACACACACACACACACACACACAGUCACACAUGCACACACACAGAAAGGGGAACCUUGCACCUGCCAAAGAGGGAAAACCUGCUAAAGAGGCUAAAGACUUUUCUUAUGCGGUAUUUGCAAGAAGCCAAUUGCAUUCAAUAAGGGCACAGCCCCACUAGGCUUCUCAUUAGGCUCCCAGGAGGUGGAGGAAGGAGGAAGAAGGAAAAGGGAGGAGAGGAAGUUCUUCACCCAAUGUGAAGAAAAAAAAAAGAGAGCAUGAGACAAGAUGCACUUUCCAUCUUUUUUUUUUUCUACUGAUGCUUCUUUUUUAAAAAACACUAGUUUCACCAUGUGUUCACCAUUUGGGCUGUGCAGCAUGGCAGGGGCUAGCUGAGCCUAUUUGGAACUUUACCAUAACACACACACACACACACACACACACACACACACACACACACACACACACACAGAAGGCAGUCAUUGUGCAGACCGGCCACUGGAGGGAGCCACCUGCAAAGGUACCUUCUACUGCAAAGCACACUAGACCCAUCUGCAAACCGCAUGUGUGUGCGUGUGUCUAUAUGUAUGUGUGUCUAUAUGCAUAUACAUAUAUAUAUAUGGCAAAUGCAUAUUUAAAGAAUAAGGAACUAUU